AUGGCAACGCUUCCACUUCCCAGCGAUACUCACUGGCCUAGUGCGCUCAAAGCAAAAUCUCUAUUUGCUGUAAAUCACCAGUCUGAGGUAAUUGAAGAGCAACUUAACAUAAAGAAACUAAAUUCCAGAGUCUGUACAACUUUUCCAGAGUUGCUUGGUUUGCGAGUAAUGUGCUGUAGCUUGUCCCUUGGCUCUGCUGUGCUAUCUCGACACUGCAUUACCUUGAUGCUACAGGCAAACUUCUCUAAAGCUUUCUCCCUUUGUCUCAUAACCGUGUCCACCAAUGGGAAUGCUAAUUCACCAGUUGCCCGUCUUAACAGAUUCAAGAACAAGGGAAAAGCCAGUACAAAAAUGAGGCAGCAAAGAAUAGAAGUUAAUGUGGAGCUGAGGAAAGCUCAGAAGGAUGACCAGAUGCUGAAAAGGAGAAAUGUAAGCUCAUUUCCCGAUGACGCUACUUCUCCACUGCAGGAAAAACGCAACAACCAGGGCACUGUAAAUUGGCCCGUUGGUGACAUUGUCAAAGGCAUUAAUGGCAACAAUUUGGAAAGCCAGCUCCAGGCUACUCAAGCUGUUAGGAAGCUACUUUCUAGGGAAAAACAACCCCCCCGUAGACAGCAUCAUCCAGGCUGGGUUGAUUAUAGUCCCAUCCAGUUUGAAUCUGCAUGGGCAGUCACUAACAUUGCUUCUGGGACGUCAGAACUGACCAAUGCUGUGGUGGACGGAGGUGCUAUCCGUGUGCUAUCCAUGUUCAUUUCUCUGUUGGCCUCUCCCCACACGCACAUCAGUGAACAAGCUGUGCGGGCUCUAGGGAACAUCGCAGGUGAUGGUUCAGUUUUCUGGGACCUGGUUAUCAAGUAUGGAGCAGUUGACCCACUGUUGGCUCUCCUUGCAGUUCCUGAUAUGUCAUCAUUAGCAUGUGGUUACUUACAUAAUCUUACUUGGACACUUUCAAACCUCUGCUACAACAAGAAUCCUGCCUCCUCGCUAGAUGCUGUUGAGCAGAUUCUUCCUACUUUAGUUCGUCUUCUACAUCUCGAUGAUCCAGAAGUAUUAGCAGAUGCCUGCUGGGUUAGUUCCUACCUUACUUAUGGAACAAAUGAAUGAAUUAAAAUAGUUGUGAAAAUAGGAGUUAUUCUCCAACUUGUGAAGGUUCUUGGAGCUACUAAAUUGUCCAUUGUGACUCCUGCCCUAAGAACCAUAGGUAAUAUUGUGACUAGGACAGAUGAUCAGACCCAGGUUGUGAUAGAUGCUAGAGCACUCGCCAUCUUCCCCAGCCUGCUAACUAACUCCAAAACAAAUAUUCAGAAGGAAGCUACGUGGACCAUGUCCCACAUCGCCGCUGGUCAGCAGCACCAGAUCCAGCAGGUUGUGAAUCACGGGUUAGUCCCGUUUCUUGUUGGCAUGCUCUCCAAGGCUGACUUUAAGACACAGAAGGAGGCUGUGUGGGCUGUGACCAGCUACCAAAGUGGCAGGACAGUGGAGCAGAUUGUAUACCUCAUUCACUGUGGCAUCAUAGAACCGCUUAUGAACCUCUUAACUGUGAAAGAUACCAAAAUUAUUCUGGUUAUCUUGGAUGCCAUUUCAAAUAUCUUUCAGGCUGCUGAGAAGCUAGGAGAAACUAAGAAAGUUAGUAUAAUGAUCAAAUACUGUGGAGGCCUGGAUAAAAUUGAAGCUCUACAAAACCAUGAAAACAAAUCUGUGUACAGGGCUUCAUAAAACUUGAUUGAAAAGUAUUUCUCUGUAGAGGAAGAGGAAGAUCAGAACAUUGUGCCUGAAACCUCUGAUGGCUACACCCUCCAAGUGCAGGAUGGGACUAAGGGCCUUUAA